AUGAAGGCUGUUAGACUCAUACCUUUUCUUGUUCUCUUCAGCUACGUUAAAUGCCAAACUCUUCAAAGAAGUUUACUAGAUGCAGCCAUGCAGCACACUAAUAGCCAGAAUUACCUAAAGGAGAACUUAAGAGACAUCAUUGGCAUUAUGGUUGCUCAGUUUCUUCAGAAAUCCACUUAUGAAGAAGUACAAACCAUAGUUAAAGAGUUACUAGAUUUUGCAGAGGAGUGCCAGCACCUCAAGCUACGUGAGCCACCUCCAGAAUGCUCUUACCAGUUGGUGGCUACCCUCCUAGAACAUAUUUGUAAUAACCAAGGAAUGGCUGACAAACAUGUGUUUUCUGACUGUUGCAAUAUAAAUAAUACAGCAAGACCCAAGUGCUUCCUAUUAAAAAAAAAAGAUGAAGCAGAUUACAAGGAUAUAUUACAAAUUCCAAAUCCUGAGCAUAUCUGUGAGGUGAACAAAGAGAAUCAAGUGUCAGUGAAGAAGAGGUACAUUUAUGAAACUUCUAGAAAGCAUCCAUUCUUGUACACACCCACUCUUCUGGCCAUGUCUACUUGCUAUGAAACAGCUAUUCAGUCAUGUUGCCAAGAAGAAAAUAAGACUGAAUGCUUCCAGAUAAAGCUAGAAUCCAUCAGAAGAUAUGUUAGAGAAAUAUCUUUGAGGCAUCACCAUGUAUGUGAAAUUGGGAUCAAAUUCAACCACAAAGUAGCAAAAGCAGUGGAAUUGGUUCUGUUGACUAAAAAACUACCUAAAGCUAACUUUUCUGAUAUUGCCAAAUUGGCUGUUGAUACUAAAAAUCUGCAUCAGACCUGUUGUGAAGGAAAUGCAGUAGCAUGUGUGCUUGGCAGGAGCCAGUUUAUGAACUAUACCUGCUCUAAACCGGCUAUCCUAUCCAGCAAGAUCUCUCCAUGCUGUGCACUGCCGGUGCCAUUCAGAGGGGAAUGUGUUAUCAGCUCAGAAAAUGACGAUAAACCUGAUCUUUCACCCCUGCCACUCAGCAGGUUUACGGAAGACGGAUUUGUAUGCAAACAAUUCACUGAGCGGCAAGAUGACUUCCUACAAGAAUUUCUGUAUGAAUAUUCAAGAAGACAUCCAGAGUUGGCAGUUCCAGUGAUUUUAAGAGUGAAUACAGUAUAUCAAAAUUUGUUGGGAAAAUGCUGUAAAUUAGAAAAUCCUCUGGAAUGCUAUCGCCAUGGGAAAGAGAUGUUCCAAAGAGUGGUUUUUGAAAGCCAUGAGCGUGUUAAAAAUCAUUGUGAUUUACAUAAGAAAUUAGGAGAUAGUAACUUCCAUGACAGGUAUGCAUAUUUAUAUGUAAAGAAAAGCCCACAACUAUCUGCUCAAGAGUUGGUUAUGUUCACGAAGAACAUGGCAGCUGCCACCACCAAAUGUUGCCCUCUGAGUGAUGAGCUGCAAUUUGUCUGCAUGGAAGAUGCGGCUAAGCUAAUUCUUGGAGCUUUGUGCAGAAGACAUGACACACAGCCUAUCAAUGCUGGCAUGGGUCACUGUUGUGAUGACUCUUAUGCCUUCAGGAAGCUAUGCUUUGAUGAUCUGCAAGUCGAUGGAACAUACAUUUCUCUGCCUUUAUCCUGUGAUCAAGUUAUCAGUCUUAAAGAGGACUUGUGCAAAGCUCAGGAGGAGGAAAUUCAAACUGAAAAGCAAAAGCUCCUCUGCAACCUUGUGAAGCAGAAACCAUAUGCAACAGAAACGCAGUUCCAACCCCUUAUUGUGAAUUUUACUCACCUGGUGCAGACAUGCUGCCGAUCAGACAACCGUGAAACGUGUUUCCAAGAAGAGGAGUCCAAACUGAUAGAAAAAUGCCAGUCUCUCUUGGGAGGCUAA